AUGGCUCCCAAGAAGUCAGCAGCGAAGAGAGGCGCGGAGCUGUUACCUGAAACUGCUGAGCCCAAGGCCAAGGCUGCCAAGGCUGCCGCCAAGACUCCGAAAGCUAAUGGCAGCCAAGACCCGGCACUCAUGGCCAACUUGGCUUCUGGCAGCCCGGGGGUGUCUUCACAGGCGCUUUGCCUGAAUGGUGGAGUUUGGGCAAAACAUGCAGAGAAUGUCCGACGUUUCAAAGAGCAGGCAGUGAGUGAAGAUGCUGUGCAGCUCCGCCCCAACACGCACAGCUUUGGCCAGCCCUUUGAUGAAAAGGCUGCUCUGGAAAGCCUCAAGCGUGAAGGCAAGUACCUUUGCAUCAUGAAUGCUUUGUGGCUUGACCAGAGCUGGUCUGCCACGCCGCAGAUACCAAUCAGUCAAGGCGCCAUUGACCAAGUGAAGUCCCAUUGGUUUUCUACACCGAAUGGUUUGGACCAGCAGCAAGUCACUGUGGGCUUCUUGCGGCGAGAGGUGGACUCAAAGACUGUGCCAGCCUUUGGCACUUGGAAGCGUCUCAGUGCUGAAGAGUCCAUCAUUGCCUUCUUCGAAGCAGCUGCCGCCGAAGCGCAGAAAGUGGAAGCAGGUGCAGCGGGUGAUCAGUUGCAGGAAUGGCUAGGUCAUUGUUUAUCCUGCCCAGUGUUGAUCAGGGUUGUAGCUGACUCGCAAGAGAUGGAGUGGGUGGCCCAGCAGCUGAGGGAGGAUCAGACCCAACUGUCCUUCCUCGCCCGCACACCCACACAGAGGGUGUUUGACGUCAUGCAGAAGAGAGAGGCGAUGGGCGUGGCUUACACGCCAGAGGCGCUUCUGCAGUUGUAUGACGAGAAGCUCAAGUUCAGAUUUCUGGGCCAUGCUUCCAUGGUCAUGGACCGUGCUUUGCGGCAUGACGCAAUUCUGCAGGUGAUCCUGGCGGAAGAAGCUUGUGGCAAGAGCCUUUGGGAUUCUGUCAGCAAGUUGCACGCCAUGGUCUCCAAGUCUACCCGCUUUGAAGAAGUUGCUUGGCUUUUCACGCACAUGCACGAUUCCAAACUGGCUGGCCUUCUUGAAGGAGAAGUGUCUGUGCGGCAGUUGACGGGCCAGGGUGCUACAGGUGGCAAAGGUCUGUGCGAUCUGGUCUUAUACAAGAUGAGGCUCAGAGACUACUUCAUCAGCGACUUCUUGCUUUCAACUGAAGCCAAAGAGAUGCCUGAGAAAUACCGCCAAGCUCUCAAAGAGUCAGUCUUUGGCACGGUCUUUGACGACAAUCUCAAAGCAGCUGUGGUGGCAGGUAAAGCUCCCCUGGAUGCCUUGACCAUGGAUACCAAAUUGGGUGAGCGCUAUAGAGAAUUCCAGCAGCUCUUGCGGCAAGAGCUGGAUGAGGCCAGGGCAGAAGCAUCUGCAGCAGCCCGAGCUGAAGCCCAGCAAGGCGCAACUCAAGACCCGGAGGCCCAGGAGGGUUUGCCAGUCAGAAGUGCUGCUUUCAAGGCAUUCCUGGGGGAUGUGCAGGCCAAAAUCGGGGAGAUCAAGAAUGAAGAGACUCUGGCGCAGCUUCAGUACUUCGAGGACAAAGCUCGCAACCUCAUGGCUUCCAACGUCCAGCUCUUUGUCUUCCAACCGUCAGAGAAUGAGUUGUGCGCGUACUUUGACAAAGCAUGGGGUGAAGCUGUGACGAAUCCACACAUUCGUGUUUGCCCGUUGAACCAGCAGUACUUGAAGACCUUCUUGGCGUCAGUGGUCAAGUCCAGGGACAAGCAGCAGCUGACCUUGCACCAUCGCGACCUCUUUAUCUACUUUGAUUCGUUCUUGCCUGGCAAUUUGAACAAAGUGCUAGGUUCUUUCCAGACUCCAGCCGGAGAUGCCUUGAACAAAAACUCCUUCGGUGUCUUCAUCUCCUAUGAUGAGGAAAGUCUCAAGCAACGCCGGCAGUACAUCAAAGCAAACUCAACGACUUUUCAGCAAGUUGAGCUAAUGACGCUGGUGACUGCUGAGAAUUUUGGAGACGCCAUGACCAAAACAAACCGCAAGAUCUACAAGGGGACCAACUUCGGGAACAAGAUCGGAGACGUGUUGUUGGAGAGCCCCAAAUUGCUUUGGUCUAUGGCUUUGAAGGACAAAAUCACUUUGUUUGGCAAGUACCGGGUGUCCGUUGGUGGUCGCACCACCGGGGAAGCAGAGAGCCAUCGUGGAGUCAGCAACCGCAAGCUCAACACUGAAGAGCCCGUGUUUUGGCAUAGCCGUCCUUUGAGCCUUUGCCUUGAGCUUUUGGCCAGUUACAACCUGGCUGCCGUGGUGGACGCUGGAGCUGGCGAUGGGAACAUGGCCCUGGCGCGCGCUUUGAGUCGCAUGCCUUACUGCGGUCUCUGCCUCACUGAAGAUCAUUUGAGCCAGGUCCAAGACCGCAUUGUCACUGAGAUCAUGCUGCGCAUGCUCUCUUCUUCCGAAAGCGUGUUCGAACCCAAGUUGGCUGCAAGUUUGGGAGGAGAUCGCGCUGGCCGGUCGUCUCAGCCAAGCGGUGCAAGGACGGCAGAGCAGCAAGGCGUCAGCCAUCCAGCCUCUAGCGGAACGACUGGCAACCCACCCAAUACCAGUGGCAAUGACAGUGGCACAGCAGCGUCUGUGCUGAAUGAGUUCAGGGCUCAGUUGGCGAACCUCCAGCAGCAAGGCCAGUGA